GAAAAAUUUCUUUGUAGCUUUUAAACAAAUUUAAUCAACCUCGUUUUUCGAAAACAUUGAAGAAACUAAUCAUUUUGUAGGAGAAACUUGUUGAUUAUAAGUUCUUAACACUAAGAUUUUAAAUAUGCUAGAAUAUGUCCGUCGUAACAAUUGACUAUGAUGUUGACCACGAUGAAGAUUCUUUACUGAAUGAGCACGUUCCAUUAUGUACAAAUAAAUUUCCACUAAAAACAAGUACAAAAAUGGGCUUGAUCCACACCGAGAGUUUUAACUUUACAAAAGUAUUUUCACCUCGCAAAAAAAUCAUAAACUUGUUAAAAAGAAGUUGGAGCGAAAAAUCUACAGAUAUAUACUCACAUUGUGACAGCGACUGUUUUUCUAUAAACGGAGAAAUAAAAACUUCGAUUACAAGUACUCAAGAAGCUUUUGAAUCAUUUAAUCUCAGGAAUAUUUCUGAUAAUGAAAAAGACACAAAGUUCAGAACUCGCUCAAAAAGUUUAAGCUUCAUUGUACGCGCAAGGAAAAAAGUCGAUCAUCUGCGACGAAUUCCACGACAAACUUCAUAUAAAUCGCAUCAUUUAAGUUUUCGGAAUAACAAUAACAAUCGUUUAUACGACGUUUGCGAAAACCGAAAGCUGAUUUGCACAGAGGACAUUGAUUCAUUCGAAGAAGAAAAAGUCAUAAGAGAGAUAAAUAAAACAACGAAGAAGAAACUAUAUUGUCUCUUUAAUGAAAAAAAUAAACUUAAAAACAACUUAACUUUAAUUAACAACCAAAAAGAAAACGAAGAAGAAGAAUGCUUACUAAGUUUCUAAUUUUUCACAAAAAUCUUAAAAAACUCUUUUUACUUCAUGAUACUACAUGAAGUAAUAUUUUUUUUUAUAUAUAUAAAUAAUAAAAUUUAUAUAUAUUUUAUGCAAACAUUAUACAGUUACAGUACAACAAAUUUAUAACAUUUAGAAAUAAUAUGUAUUAAACUAUCCAUUUAUAAAUAUAAAAAUGAAUUUUUUUUUUUU